UCGUUUUGAUUUAUGUUCCCCCGCGAAGACGGUGGGCGGUGCGGGAUCGACGGAGGAGCGGGAUGAGCUUCUGGAGCCGUUUCCACCGGCAUUAAUUCCGUAAAGAAAAAAAGAGAAGCCGCAGAGAGCAGUUUUCCAGACAAAAUUGAGGCAGGAAAUCAGUUCUCCUCUGCAGAAGAAAUUACAGCAUGGAAAUUCCAGCAAGCAAAGUUUGCCCUUCACAGAGCAACAGAGGCCCUGAUGGGUCUUUUCAAGCAUCUCAUGGUGAUGAUCAGAAGCCUGCAGCCUUGGAUAUGUGCAGCUUUAGGACAGUUGGCAACUCCCCUUUGUGUCGGACAUAUUGGGGAGAACAAAUGUCAGGACUCCCACGUUCACACAAGUAUCCCCUGAGCAGGAAUGGAACAUCUGAAGCACCCUCUUGUAGGGAAGAGAGUUCUUGGAAUCUAGGCCUAAAUUCUUCUGUUGACAAACAUGGGUCCAGUGAGGACCUCCCUCUUUCUUCCUGCUGGGGUGAAUUAAAGACAGAAAACCCAGCCACAAAUAAUGUGGGUAGGCUUACCCAGGAGUUUAACCAAGGCACUGAAAAACUGGGGGACUUGGAUACUGAAAGUGGCAUGCCCAACAGAGAGGAGACUUCCAGCGACAAACAGUCACUUUAUGAUAAUGGAAAUGUUAAGUCCCUUGGUUCAAACAUGGUGACUGAAGGUCCCAUUGAGGAAGACGACUCCACUCUCCUUGCCAUGUUCCAUGCUGUGGCCAACAGCCGCUUGGCAGUCCGGAGCCAACAGAAGGAUGAGCCAGAUUUCACACCAGCACAAAAGCUGGCCAUUUUACAGGAUUUAUACCGCACCAAACCUCUGGUCUUCCUGGAGCGCUUCCGAACAGCCCUGCGUGAAGAACACUUGCCCUGCUUCCACCAUCUCUCUGGCAAUUAUGAGGCAGAUUUCUACUGUGCUGAGGUGCGCAGAGCUGGCCUGGGCAAAACCCAGCAUACCAGGGUGAGGAACAAGCGCUAUGCAGCUCUGCAACAACUCAUCAGAGGUGGGGAAUAUUUCAGCGAUGAGCAGAUGCGUGGCCGGGACCCUCUCCUUUAUGAGCAGUAUAUCGGACAGUAUCUGAGUGAUCAGGAGCUGCAGAUGCUGGGCAACUGUAAGCUGGAGGCUUCCUGCUCCCUCUCAGGUGUCCUCCUAGACUCCUACCAGGAGCAGGUCAUCCAGCAGCGGCUGCAGGUCCAGCAGGAGCAGGAAGAGGCCUGCAAAGAGGAGGAGGAAGAAGACAGCGACCAUGACAGUGAAGACAAGGCUUUUGACCCUGAUGCAGAUGAGUGGGUUCCCAGUGAGGGGGAGAAGGCUUUUCUGCGGGAAGAGUUCACAAGCCGUAUGUAUCAGCGCUUCCUUGAUGGCAAGGAUCUGGACUUUGACUACAGCGAAGUGGAUGAGAAUCCAGAUUUUGAUAACCUCGACAUUGUCUCGAGGGAUGAGGAAGAACGUUAUUUUGAUGGGGAGGAGCCCGAAGUGGCUGACAAUAUGGAAACAGAGGAGAUGGAUCUGAGAUCUUAGUUCCUGUGAUGGAGGUGAAGGCACCGGGGCACCCUGCUGCUGGUGGCAGAAUGGGGAGAUGUACGUUUGACACCCCACCCUAGGUGGUAUUCAUCUUGCUGAAUUGGGUGGAAGAAUCAGCUUCACAUUCACAUGGAUGGAGUGUUGAGAUCAGAACUGGUUGCUGAGGGAAAUUUGGUACGUGGUGGGAGAUCACCACAUCUCUUCCUGAAUUCUGAGUCCCCAGUAGGAAAAGAUUGCUGAAAAGAGAAAGGCCAGGCAAGGCCAGUGUGUUUAACAUGCCUCAGUAAAUGUCAUCCCUUUAUCUGGGCACCCCUGUUGUGGAAAUACAGCUGCGUUCCUUUCUUGAGGCUGCAUUUUCCCCUUGGCCUGUAAAGCAGUGUUUCUCGACCUCAGCAACUUUAAGAGGUAUGGACUUCACCUCCCAGAAUUCCCCAGCCAGCAUUUCCCUCUUAAAGUUGCCGGGGUUGAGAAACACUGUUGUAAAUAAUCAGUCUCCUUUAGGGUAGAGCUGGCCUCAAGUUUGGACUCACCCCAAAUCAAACAUCCCUCCACCCCUGCCAGUGUUCUGUUAUUCGGUAGCAAUUUGGGUAUUGAGUGUUUUUUCCAGCAUCUGAACAAUAAAACUGUUAUAUAAG